AUGACCUUCAAUCAAUUCAGUUGUGAUGAUCUCCUCAUCCCCUUCUUCAUUCGUGACGGUCUCCUCAGCCACUUCUUUAGUCGUGCCGGUCUCCUUGUCCCCUUCUUUAGUUGCGAUGGGCUCCUCAUCCCCUUCUUCAGUUCCGACGGGCUUCUAGUCCCCUUCUUCAGUCGCUAUGGUCUCCUCGUCCCCUUCUUUAGUCACGCCGGUCUCCUUGUCCCCUUAUUUAGUUGCGACGGGCUCCUCAUCCCCUUCUUCAGUUCCGACGGGCUCCUAGUCCCCUUCUUCAGUCGCUAUGGUCUCCUCGUCCCCUUCUUUAGUCACGCCGGUCUCCUUGUCCCCUUCUUUAGUUGCGACGGGCUCCUCAUCCCCUUCUUCAGUUCCGACGGGCUCCUAGUCCCCUUCUUCAGUCGCUAUGGUCUCCUCGUCCCCUUCUUUAGUCGCGCCGGUCUCCUUGUCCCCUUCUUUAGUUGAGACGGGCUCCUCAUCCCCUUCUUCAGUUCCGACGGGCUCCUCGCCCCCUUCUUCAGUCGCUAUGGUCUCCUUGUCUCCUUCUUUAGUAGCGACGGUCUCCUCGUUGCCUUCUUCAGUUGCGACAGUCUCUUUGUCCCCUUCUUCAGUCGCUAUGGUCUCCUUGUCCCCGUCUUCGGUCGCUAUGCUCUCCUUGUCCCCUUCUUUAGUAGCGAUGGCCUCCUCGUUCCCUUCUUCAGUUGCGACGGUCUCCUCGUCCCCUUCUUCUUUUACCAGUUUCGCCUCUCGCGUAGGAAUCAAAGACGAAAGAAAGCACAGAACUUCUGCCUUUUAUUGUUUUCACAUUUGUACAUGAAUAAAUUUGUUGUACAGGACAAGAGAUGUAGAAUAUAUAUAUUUAGAGCCUCUAUGGACAGGUGCUCUGGGUAAACAAGUGGUUCUAAUGUGGUAACUGUUUUAUAGACAUUCUAGUAUUUGCAGUCACAUGAAUGUCCAGCGGAGAAUCUUCUCAAAUCCCUCUGGGUGGCCGGUGAUGUUCAGUCAUCAAUAGAGAUGAGAAAAAAUUGCCUCCUGAAUGGAAUUUGUAAGAAGGACAAAACAAAAAAAGAAAUUAAAACCUGUGGAUUUUCCCUCACUCUUGUAGGUAACACGCAAGGAAUCUUCAAAAUCAGUGAAGUCACUUCACGAGUCGUGUCUGCGUUUCUGUUUCCAACCAGAAAUAGUUUGUCUCAAUGUUGUGUUUUCAGACCAUGAAGAACCAAUAUGAACGAUCGUGGCAGUAUUCUGUCUCUUGGAUCAAGCACAAAACACUUCUGAUGUACUCGUUGGCUCGUAGUCUCCAUUACUAAGAUUUGCGAAGAUUCCUCCUCAACACCAAUUCAAUGUCUUCUUUCUUUUGUAUUUUUAUUCAUUUCGCGGAUCUUCCCCUAAGGGUUGGUCGAUUAUCGGAAAUUCUUCUGUACAUUGAGUACCCCCAAUAUUUUAUAACUCUCUCACAAGUCCUCAUGAGGUUUACAGUCUUUUGAUUUUACCCGUAUCUAAAUGUUUUUGUGGAUUUUUUGUUUUUGAAGCUCCAGAGUACGAAUCGAAAGAUGACCAUAUUUAAUACACUCAAGACGUUUACAAUUUUAUGAAACUUGGACCAUGGCAACCGAAAAAAUGAUGGAUGUCUUAAUAAAGUAUUUCACAGGUUCCUUUUAA